UAUAAAAGCAAUUUAUUAAAUUUUUCAAUUAAACACAUUAAACAAAACAAAACAUUCAACAACAAACAAAACACACACAAUUUUUCUCUUUUUAACAUCUAUUCAUCUAUCUCAAAUUCCCAGUGCUCUGCCGAGCUUUGACUUCCCUCCCUCCCCUCAUCUGGUUUUCUUAUCAACUCUUGUCUCGCAGUUCCUUUACUCCUUCUACUUAAAGUCAUUUCGUAGGAUUUAUUUCAAUCCUGCAAGUGUCUUUAAACUUCUACAAUUCAUCUCCAUAUAGUCCACAAAUUUACUCCAGUCUUUUUGGAACUUUGCCUCUCCCUGGUUUCGGAUCCUGCUAGUCAGUCUUGCUAAUUCCGCAUAGUCCAUCAUUUUUGUCUGCCACUCUCCAUUUCCUACUUUCUAAUAUCUUGGAGACCCCUUUAAUCAUGUCUGAAUUGAGGUGAGGAGGCAGCUGACACCUUCAGGGGUAGAUGGGGGCAGCUUGAUCCUGAGAACACUCUCCUAUCCAAUGCUGUAAAUAUGCUCAUUGGUCCUCCUUGUGUGCGAACUCCCUGCAGCAGAGAAAGGCCACAAGUGCCAGUAUGAAUUUAAUCUGGUAAAAUUAAAUAAAGGGUAUGGAAGGCCUCCCUGACAUAAACCCAAGCUUCAGUUCAGGCUUGUCUGUGCAAAGUACAUCUGUUUGUGCUUCCUUAAUAUGCAGAAUAAUUAGCUGAUAAAGAGCAGCUGUGGAGAAUUAAAAGCCACAUAAAAAUAAUCACUGCCAAAGGCUUGAAUAAGAAGAUGAGAAACAAGUAAAACAAGAUACCGGCCCACCUUACUUUGCUGUUCUGUUUGGAUUUGUAACAGAGCUUCUGGAAGGAGCCGCCUUCCUUACUGGCUUCCAGCUCACACAAUCACAUGCCUGAAGACUCCCAUGUCCUCCCAAGAGUGCACAUGUGUUAUGUGGGCAUGACAUGCAUUGGCCUCUAUGCCUUUAGGCUUGAUUUGUGUGACUACCCUCCCCUCCCCCCACAACACUUUUGAGGGUGAAGAACAUUGGCCCAGCAUGUUCAAGCAUCGUAGCCCAGUGAUCCCACCCUGUGGAAAUAACAACCCUCAAUUGGUUGAGCAUAUAAACUGGGUGCAUGGUGCUAAAUAGCAUGUCUUCUAGUGCAAACAGUUGUAUGAUAAUGACAGUCUGAUCUCCUACUGGUUCAACAUCAUGUUAUCUUCUCAGUGAGAUCUCAUUAUACUCCACACCAAUCAUGGUUAACUCAUUUAAGGAUUUCACGUGGAGCCACCUAGACGGUCACAGCAGUUGCACAACACAGCCCUAUUGCGACUAAAUGCUACACCUCCAUUUCUUAUUAAACACCACCACUAAUCCCUGCUAUACAUUCAAAAUUAGAAUAUCAGAAGAUUUCUGACCUAUUUCCCAGGUGCACUAAGUUUGUAAGUGCUGAGGGUUUUUGUGCAUAGUUAAUACAGUGGUACCUCGGUUUACGAACUUAAUCCAUUCCAGAAGACUGUUCUUAAACCAAAACCGUUCUUAAACCGAGGCAGGCUUUCCCUAAUGAGGCCUCCUGUCGCCGUUCUUAGACCGAGGUAAAGGUCUCAAACUAGGACACUCUUUCCGGUUUUGCGGAGUUCAUAAACCAAAUAGUUCGCAAACCAGACUGUUCUUAAACCGAGGUACUACUGUAUUUAGUCCCCAGUUCAAAUCUCAUAUCUGGCAUGAAUUUACAGGUGAUCUUUGGAAGCCAUUACUCUUUAGCCUCAGCACUAUGAGUCGAGCUUUCAGUUUCAGGUGCAGUGCAUGGGGACCACUCUGGACAGUCCUGGACCAGCUGAGUGGCGCCACAUACAAAUCCAUUUGUUUGGGCAUUUGGUUGGCAGCAUUCCCCUAUGAAGCGCAGCAAGGAGUCCCAGUGCUGUGGCACUUUCAAGUGUGAGUUGUGUGGAUUAACUGCUCCGUACAGCUACUACGGACAGAAACCCCAAAAUGCUGCCUCCGUUACCCUCCUGGAGGAAUGCUAUGUCAUGAAGGAUCCAUUCACCUCUGACAAGGACAAAUUCCUUAUACUUGGAUCUCAGUGCAGUUUGUGUUGCAAGCAUGUGUGUGUUGGCACAGACUGUAGCCUUUUCUACGCAAAAAGAUUCUGCCUCCCCUGUCUAAAGUUACACCUAAAUGAGUUUCCGGCGGAAAUAAGGCAAGAUUUGGAAAAGAAAACUCAACACCAAUCUUCAAAAAAGGGAGAUUCCAAGACUUCGAAGAAAAACUAGGUUGUUUUUGACCCAAGUGUGUGUUUUUUUGUAACAAAUAUAAAGCUGUGUCUGAUAAAUCUCUUCUAGAACAGUUUUUAUAAGAUAGUUCAGUUGGAGGAUUUAAUUUUUGCACCGAAGCUGCAAUGCCUGGUGCCCACCUGGUGUUUUGGACUAGAGCAUCCAUCAGCCCCAGGCAGCCAUGGCAGAAAGUCCCGGGGAACAAAGUGAAGCGUACUUCUGACUAAACAAUAGGCAUGCACUGCAAGUAAGGAAACAAGCCAGAGCAAUAUCAGACAGAGCUGUUUUCCUGUUUAGACUUGUUGAUUGAUUGAAGAGGAAAGUUUUAUCAUCAAAUUAGAAGAAUAAGGAACAGUGGUUACCAUACAUAUAACUAAUGAGCAUUUAUGACUGCUCUAUCACCUCUCAGCAUAUUUUAUUAAAAACUGACCACCUGGGGGCAAUGAAGGGUCAUCACGACUUUCAGCAAACUGGGGGUCACUAGUUACAGAAAAACAACAAAAGCCUUGCAGAACACUCCAACUUCUCUGUGCCAUCACCAUAUUUUAACUGUACGUCAGAAUUUUUCCAGCUGCUAAAAUCUUAUAAUUGUGCAGGGGAUUUUAUCAGUAGUUAAAUCCUCCAGCUGAACAAUAAAAAUUGUGUUGGUUAAAGGCAGUUCAUUUGCUACCCCUUUCUGUCAACCAUUGUCACAGCAAGUAGCUAAUAGGCAUGCUGGAGAAGGGCUGGUUAAAAACAUAAGAAAUAAAACUACCAAGAUCCUGCCUCAUUCAGUGUAGUUCAGGUAGAGGAACGAUUCAGCAGACCAUAUAUAUCUAUCAGCCGAUGACUAAUGGAAGCCUGCAUUGAAAUAACUACACUUACAGGACCAAGCCCAUUCCCAAGGCUCUGUAGAAGCUGCAGUUGCACAGGAACUCCCAUAAAGUACAGAACAGGAUACAGGGCACACCACCCUUCAUUUUGCUUGCUAUGUUAAAAGGGGGACUUCAUCCUCUUUCAGUUGCAAAUACAGACCUGCAAUUGUAGACAUUGCUUCUGAAAGUUGAAAAGCUGGGAAGUGAAGCAAAGGAAGAGUCCCAGUGAUUUGGGAGGGGCCUUUGCUCUUCUCCACAACUGACAAAACCAGAAUUAUGCAAGACAGGAGAAAAUGAAUAGUAACGUUAGGGGGAAGCGAAGCCAUGCAAAUUAUGUGGACUGCAGAAGUCUGCUUGUGUUGGAGCUGUAUUAUAAUAAGCAUUGCAUGACCAGCCUUAUCUCUCUUUAGCACAUAGCCCUGCUUCUAUAUCUUCUAUAUCAACAGACAAUAGCUUGAAUGACCUUCCUAUCUGUCUAUCUUGAACAUCUUGGCUAUUGGCUAUUAUACUACAUUUUAAGGGCAUUUCAUAGAUAAAUUUUGCAUAGGUUCUAUGAGCACCACAUAGGGGUUUCAUGCUAUAAAUGUUUUGCUGAGAAAUUGCAAAUGGGUCAUUGAUAACAGGAGUUGUUGCUUUUACACUUACCCCAGAAAAGAAAACACAAAAUUAAAUGGGGGAAAUGUGGGCUAGCAUUUUGAUUACCGCGAUGUCAUAUGGAUGCAGCAAAAAACCUUGUGUUUGAGAGCACAGAUCCCACAACACAAACAUACCUGGAGGCAUCCUAAAGGCUCAAUCCUAAAAAUAAAAUAAAAAACACUGGGAGGUGAACCCUCUUGAAAACAGAGGGACAUAUCUCUAAUGUGCAUUAAAUUUUGCUACCAUGU